AUGCCAAACUUUGCGAUUCUUAAAGGGGAAUCAAGACACGAGUCGAGCGCCAAACAACAACAAGCAGCCAUGUUCGUGUCAGACAUCCUUGAGAAACUUGCUCUUUCACCUCGUUCAGCGCAUCAGUCUCCACUUUAAAUCAACAGAUCUUUACUUAUUUUGUACAACGAAGGCUUUCCUAAGUUCCUGCUACCAUUUCAAUCUCAAGCAAGCUUUCAAAGUGAACAAUUUGGUUCCUAUGACUAUGCAGCACGGUCGCUGUCACUGGUCGCGUGCUCUUUGACAAGUCAGCGGUCGCGCAUGCUCAUGCAAAAAAGACCCCUGUUGCUGUUCGGUCAUUGCGCGCCACAAUUGUAAUCGUUGGCAACAGUAAAUGAGUGCUCAAUUAACUUACUGUUUUAGUAUAUACUAAAACAAUUGUUCACCUCAGUGUCGGUGGCUAGUGGCAAUUAUUUACCGAGGCGCGCCCUCCACUUCGGUGAAUAAUUGUUAUUUAUUUUUUAAUUAAUUUAUUUGUUUCAUUUUUAAUUCAUUCCUUUUAGAUUUUGUCCUAAAACAUGAAUUUAAUGAAUGAAUCUUACAAACCUUUAUUUUAGAAAACAGGGAUGCCACCAAUGUUUGCUUUGUCAAGUUAGAUGAAGAUCAAGAAGAUUGUAAUUUUGUCGUGCCGCGUGAUCGUGACGGCUGCGACAGUUUGAAGAUUUCUGCAGAUAUAAAUGUCAUGUUAAACAAAGGAUGUGGCUCUAAAGGUAAGCUCCUUGACGACGCACCACCAUCCUGCAACGUGCCUUGUUUCAAGAUCAGAGAGCGGGGGAAAUACUGUUAUAUUUCUACGCGAAACAGCAAUUUCUCGAACAGGGAACACCGAGGAGAAAUUACUGUGAUUUGAAAUUGAAAAAGAGGGUUCCUUGAGUUACGUUAGUAUCAGUAACUGUUUUUUUUUCAAAGUGAGUUUAAUUCUGUCUGUCUGUUUCAUUGUUUUUCUUUAUUUUAUUCUUUCUUGGGCAUAAGUAGAAUACGAGUAGGCCUGUCCAGAUGUUAAUCGACAACUCUCCUACAUACUUUAAAUUAAGCACACUAAUCGACAUUAAGUUUUGCAGCAACCUUCAGGAAAACCUGGGAAAUUACUAUGAUCUGUAAUAACAAAGAUUGCAAGGUACAAGAAAGGGAUGUUCGCAAUGUCUGUGCUUAGAAACUGUUCAUGAGCAACUUUUGACUACAUUUUAGGGACCAUAUGGAGUAAUAUUUCUUCAGUUUAUUAGCACAAUCUGGAUAGACCUUGUUUGCGACUAGUCACGUUCCUUUUUGGUUUUCUAAGAAAGUAAAGCCAAAGAAAAGAGCGCGACGAAACGCCUUUCGUGAGGAGAGAUUUCGCGCGCGUCUCACUACCUCUACGCUUUUCGCCUCGGUUGCUGAAUCGAGAGAAAUUUGCACCAGCUAAGCAUUCAGGCUUCCGGGAAACUGCCCACCUACCCCUCCCCUAAGCCAACAUUUUGCCCUAAAGUGAGAUGUAAGUGAUAAUGUUGACUUAGAAGAGGGGUGGGUGGUUAGUUGUCCAGAAACCUAAUUGAUCCGCGUCGUGCGCCGACCAAUUCCCAGGUGCACACAUCCCAUGAUUUUCUUGCUGAUACGCUUACUCAGGAACCCUCAGUGAUGCCUUUAAUUUUCGCAGGGCAGCGCAGAAUUUAAUGCCUUGUCCACACGUGUCGGGACAUCUUUGAAAACAGCGAUUUUUUUCUCGGUUUCCGAAAAAGUACGCGUACACUCGUAGCGUAUUCGAGUCGUUUUCGUCCGUCCACUUAAAACGGAUAAGUCGGCAUUUUCAAAAAACUCCUCUUUGGGUGCAGUUUUUGAAAACCUGUGUUUUUUGUGGCCCGAAAACUCCGUUUACGUGUGGAAGGAGGGUUAACCCUUUAAACCCUAAGACCAAAAUUGAGAAUCUCAUUUACCGUUCUUAUACUUGUUCAAUAGAAGUAGUGAGGAGAAUUUGUUGAAAUAUCAGUUAGACUCGUCUUCCCUGAUCAUGUACUCAAUUCUCAUGUCCACUCUGUUUUACAUAGCACUGAUAUUACAAGGAGAAAUUUGAUGCUUGUCACUCUUAGGGCUUGAANUUUUCUCGGUUUCCGAAAAAGUACGCGUACACUCGUAGCGUAUUCGAGUCGUUUUCGUCCGUCCACUUAAAACGGAUAAGUCGGCAUUUUCAAAAAACUCCUCUUUGGGUGCAGUUUUUGAAAACCUGUGUUUUUUGUGGCCCGAAAACUCCGUUUACGUGUGGAAGGAGGGUUAACCCUUUAAACCCUAAGACCAAAAUUGAGAAUCUCAUUUACCGUUCUUAUACUUGUUCAAUAGAAGUAGUGAGGAGAAUUUGUUGAAAUAUCAGUUAGACUCGUCUUCCCUGAUCAUGUACUCAAUUCUCAUGUCCACUCUGUUUUACAUAGCACUGAUAUUACAAGGAGAAAUUUGAUGCUUGUCACUCUUAGGGCUUGAAGGGUUAAAACAGAGAAAAAAAUCUUCGUUUUGAAAAAUAUCCGGUAACGUGUUUAGAAACUUAACACUGGAGAGCGAAAACGUUGGCGAAAUUUGAAUAUGUAAGAGUAGCUCAUUUUCAAUUCUGUUUUUUGCGAAGGUAAAUUUUUUGCUAUUUUUUACCCGGCACAACUUUUAUUUACUUAUUGCUUCCUCGGUGAAAACACAUUACUUUUUGCAGUAAACAUCGACACUUCGCGUUCUUGUGCGUCCAGUUUUCUGCUUUCCUCCUUCCUCCGUUCCGACGCUGGAAUCCUGCGUGAGGACGGAGGAAAGCCCCUUAAGUGCCACAAACAGGCGCUUGAAAUAAACUUUCAGGCAAUGGUUUUCUUAAAAGGUGUGGCAAUAGACACUAAGAAUAUCGCUGUUAAUUCUGGGAAGGGUAGUCAUGGUAAAUACGGGCAUGUCACAUGACACCUAAGAUGAUUUUAUGUACGACUUCAUUCUACCAGAGAAAGCAUUCUCGCGAAAAUUAAAGGCAUUCAAUCUACAUUAUCACUAGUAAGAGUUUUAAAAAGGCUCUUGCUGGAUUUAUAAUAAUUUAUUUGGGAUAAAGGGAUAAACUGGAAAUCCUUUACGGACCAAGCUGGAAAUAGUUUUAGUUUACGCCGAAGAAAGACAAAUUGGGAGAUAAUGGGGAUUUACAACAGCACAUACAGACAAAUAUUUAAAAAUAUUUGUUUUCAAUCGUUGUUGUUUGUAUGUGGGGGAUAACAGGGAUCAAAAGACAAGUAGUGGAUAAGAUAAGAAAUAGGUUCAACCUAUCAAGCUUAAGUUUAGUUUAUUUCGCACUAUUCAAGUUGGUACAAUAAGAUCAAUGAUGGCUUACAGAAUCGGUAGGUUAACAAAUGAUGAAAAGUAAAUAUAAUAUACAGGUUUGUUGAUAUGUGCACAGUGACCAAAGUAGCCAAAGCUUGCUUAUCUUAUCCACUACUCAGUUGUCUUUUGAGUUCAAACCCAUUUUUCGGGCAGUGUAAUUCUUGCACGGAUAUGAUAUUUAAAGGGAAUGGGAAAUAAAAAGUAAUCAAGAUAAAUUCAGUUUGAUAGUAAUUUACUGGACAAGGGAUUAUACGUUGAGGUAAUCAAAAGGCGUAAGUCAUUUAACAGUUGUAUGUCAUUAAAGAUAUUAAUAAAAUGAGGUAUUUAAGGGAAAACUACGUCCUGUUAAUUUUGAUUGUCUGUUUUACGCUGGAUUACAGUCAUGUGAUGUAAUCAACAUUCAUGGGUAGGAGAUAUCAGUCGUUUUAAGAUUGUUGUCGCACAAACUUGCGUUCGCUCUAGGGCGAAGGGCAUCCGGAUUCUGGAAUAAGGAAAAUUUUUCUCCUGGAGUCCGGAAUCCUUGGCUUUGGAAUCCGGAAUAAAGCUUACGGAAUCCGGAUUCGACUAAAGAUUGGAAUCCAGAAUCCAAGUUCCAUUGACAAAGGGUGCGUUCCUUAGGGAUGAUCCAGAUAAGGAUCAAUGAUCCGAGAUCACUGGGAUCAUGGUAGAACAAAUGAACUGAUGAAUCCUUGUCCAGAGUGGAUUCAUCGGUUCAUUUGAUCUACCAUGAUCCAAGUGAUCUCGGAUCACUGAUCCUGAUCCGGAUCAUCUCAAAGGAACGCACCCAAAGACUUUGGAAUCCAUUACCUGGGAUCUGGAAUCCGUGGCGUGGAAUCUAUGGGGCGAUAGAAUCGAGAUCCAAAUGCAAAAACAAAUAACAAACAACGAGGUAUCGGGGUUCGAAUCCCCGAAGCGUGCGUGUGUGUCUGUAUUCGGCUUACUAGGGUUUCAGUUGCCUCCCCCCAAUAGACCUCUUUAGCUUGUAAGUUUUGUUUUCUCAUUAAAGGUCCCAGGGCAACUAGACAUACAAAACAUGAUGGUAAAAAAAAAAGGUUUGUUUAUACGUGGGCGCAUUUAUUUGGAAUCAAUAUCCCGAGAAUUUGCAUGAAUACAAGUCGUUGAACCGAUUUAAAUGUAAAUUGGACCGCUUGCAUCCCAGCUUCUUUGAUUCUUUACUAUAAUAUGAAGAUCACAGAUUUAAUAUCUCUGAUGGUUAUUGAUAUAUUUUAAUGCACGGCUAAGCGUGCGUUAAAAGAAAAAUGUUUGAUGUAAACCAGUGCUUGUAUCUGAUACAGCUACUUUAUUGAGUAUGAUAAAAAUGACGAGAUAUUUGAAGCGUAGGUACCAAGAAAAAAAACCGGUUGACGUCAUAAUUGAGCAAACAAACACACAACUGUUUUUGCGACAAUUCAUACUUCAAAAGUACUCAGCAGUGUAGUUUCGUAGCCGAGUUAAAACUUGCGUAAAGGGCCUGCGCUAAAAGUAAUUACAUUCAUUCAGCUCGUCUCGGGAGCUUCAACCUUCCUAUCCAGAACGAGGUUGCAUUUUCAGCGCUGUUUGUAAUGAAUAAAGAACUUUAAUUCAUCCUCGUCCCCAGGCCAAUUCGGCUUGUGCGAGUGAGUGGGGAAGCCUUGGAACCGAGCGCGAUAGUGCUAGCACCGCUGGUAAAAAAGGUAGGUACCGAAAAACUGUUCGACGAAAAUUUUCCCUUUUUUUCGUGAGAAUCAUGGAAUUUUUCGGAUGCAUGAGUCAGAUGUAUCCUUUCGCAACACUUGUGGCUCUUUUUAAAUUGGAGGAACAAACUGUGGUGACCGUUUGUUUUCCUUGCAGAAGCGCCGCCAUUUGUGACUUUAGCGAUUAUUGCUGCGCCUCCUAGGGAGAGACCAUUUUGCAGCUGUGGGCUUAGUACUCUAGCCUUCGAGUGA